AUGAGCGUGGAAGUGCUCGACGGCGCCACCAUCCGCGACUUCGUGGAGGACGAGAGUUCCUUCAAUGACAGCGUUGAGGGCCGCUUCGCCGCCCUCGACGCCAACAACGACGGCCUGCUCAGCUACUCCGAGAUGGCUCGGGAGAUCGAGAGCAUCCGGCUCGUGGACACCCACUUCGGCGUCGACGAGGUGACGACACCGCCGGAGGAGCUCCGGCAGCUGCACGGAUCCCUCUUCGCUCAGUUCGACCGCGACGGCAACGGCGCGGUGGAUCUGGAGGAGUUCCGUUCGGAAACCAAGGAGAUGUUGCUGGCGGUGGCCAACGGGCUGGGUUUCCUGCCGGUGCAGAUGGUGCUGGAGGAAGGCAGCCUCCUCAAGACGGCCGUCGACAGGGAGUCCUCCAAGAUCGCAUCCCCGUGA